UACGUCAUAAGACACCGACCACAACGAUCCCUCGAAGAAAGCAAUCAUUGGUCUUUUUAUCGAAAGGUGAGCGACUUUUUUUAACUCUUCGGUUCUUAAAAGGUCUGAUAUAGCUGAUCUAAACGUUAUCUCCUCCAUGUUGUGACCGUUUUAAGUCUGCGUAAUAUUGCAUGCUUUACUUACGUAGGCGUGUUGGAGGCGUAUGACGCCAUAUAAGCGAAUGUGCUGUCAGAAGCAUAUUCCUGUCAACAAAAGAUUACUCUUCUUCAUCUGAGGUUUUACAUGAUGUCGAGAAUGUUUCAAGCGAAUGAUGUUACGAUGAAAUAAGCCUAGGCUUUGAAACUACGCAUUCGUGCUUCAGAAAAGAUUGAAAAUUUAAAGCAGGGAAGGAAAUUGUUUAGGACAUAAGUUAAUUUUUGACCCAUUGUACUAAAAAGUGCACAGUCAUUUAAAGCAAGAAUUCGAAUUUUACAUAUUCAUAAAUUUGCAUAUAAUUUUGAGUACAACCUACACAAUCUUUUUUUGAUUUUUAAUGGUGUUGUUUAGAUUAUAGUUGAGGAUAGUGGGUCCACAACAGCUGUUUAGUCGCCUAUUUUAUCAAUUAAUAAAUAAUUGUAUGUAUGGAGAUAAAAUAACACAGCAGAUAUGGUUCAUUUUGCACUGUUGAGCUGUCAUUCAUUGUACUCACUUCACUAGUUUAACUUCUGGUAACUGUUAAUUUUUUGCCCAUAAGCUGCAUGAUAUUAUAUAUUAGUAUAAUAAGUUCAAUUUCAGUUAUCAGUUGUUCCAUCAAUAUCACUGAUAAGUGUUCCUGGUAUGUAUUAUUGUAUUGCAUCAUCCACAUUUGAAGUACUAUUCACAAAGUUGAAGAAAUGCCUUGAACCAUAAUUAUUGCAUUAUCUUUACUGUCCCUUAAAUUGUCUGACAUUACCUUUUUAAGUUAAUUCACCUUUAAAUGUGCAAACAAAAGAUUAUUUUGCUUUAUCCAAGGUUUGCAUGGUAUUGGAAAUGCCCGAAGUAAAUGUUACAAUAUAAUAAGUCUAGGCUCUGAAAUUUCACAGUCAUGUUUAAGAAGAGAUUGGGAAUUAAAAUCAGUAAAGGAUAUCAUUCAAGACAUUAAAGUUAAUUUACUAAAAAGUGUACUGUCAUUUGAAGCAACAAUUGUGAUUUUACAUGUAGGUACCAGUAUUAUGAAAUUUACAUAUGAUUUUGAAUAAAAUCUAUUCAAUUUUGUUUCAUUUUCAUUAGUUUUAUCAGAAUUAUAGUUAGGGUUAUAAUUAUAGUUGAGCAUUAUUCACAAAGUUGAAGAAUGCCUUGAACUAAAUUGCAUCAUUCUUUCUGUCAGUUAAAUUGUCUGACACUUGUUGUUGUUGUUCCAUCUUGAAAUGUGUAAAUAGUAAAUUAAAAUUUUUUUUAAGGUAAUGCAAAGAAAGUAUUCUAUUAUUUUAAGUGUUAAUGAAGUUAGUUAAUUGAAUUUAAAUGUUGAAUUUAAACUCUGUUUUUCCAGGUUUUUGGAACAUUACUCGCUGGCUUACUUUUCCAAAUAGCAUCUGCAAAGGUAUUUUUAUACAUGAUAUUAUUGCUUUCAGUAAUAUAAUAUAAUUGCCAGUGAUAACUAGAGCAAUACAUGAAGAAGGUCAACCUCAGUUACUAAAACUGAUUAUUUUCAAACUAGUUUCAAACAAUUAUCUUAAACUGAAAAAUAUCAAAAAACUAUUGCGAGGUUGAUUUUGUUGCAAAGUUGUGGUAUUGAAUGGGAUUAUAUGUGCUUUAUUUUAUUCAGAAGGAGUGUUUAGGGAAAUAUUUAAAGAAAGAGCAUGUUUAAUCUACAUAUAGUCAAUCGCAAAGAUUUGGAACUUUUAAUCACAUAUAAUUUCAUUAACGUCAAUAAUUUCAAUUUCAAUUUUGAAAAAUAUUCAAAGACCUCAAGCCCUCAUACCCUAGCAUAAUUUAAUAAUCUUCUUUUUCACAGAGUUAUCUUGGAAAAAAUUGAUUUUGAGAAAUCAUAAUGAAAAUACUAUGAACAAUUGAAUGAGCUAAAUAUUUUAAUUUAAAUGAAAAAUGUAUAUAUCAGACGUAAAACAAAGUGUAUUUAUUACUAAAUACCAGUAAGUAGUGUUGUAACUGAUGUCCUAAUUAAUGAUAUGCAGUCAAACUUUCAACGUUAGUAGACUGGUUAGUUCUGACUCAUUAAAACAUGUCAUCACAUACAUUGCAUGUCACAUGUUAAUUUAUCUUAUGUUUAUGAAUAAGAUAAGCGAGGCAUGAAUUAGAUGUUUUGUAAAUUAUUCUGAAGGAAUUUUUAACUGUCUAUGAAUAAAGUUAUCAAUCAAUCAAAGCUUUUCCAGUUUAUUGCUGAUGGGGGGCAGGGGCAAACAGUCCCAUGCUGCAUGUUACUUAUUUUAUUAGAAGUUAUUAAUUAUGUAUUUAUAUUUUUUUUCUCAACAAGAAGGAGAGAUAUAUAUUCUCAGAGACCCUUUGAGUUAUUCCCAUAAAUUUUUAUGUUUCAAAGAAAAAUCUGAAUUGAAGUUCAGGUAACAUUUACCUUUUAGCCUACAAAUCCUUGCAAGAAAAGCCAACACUGGGUUGAAAAUGCAGAUGGUCCAACACAGUGUAUAGACUGUCAGGCUUGCCCUCCAGGCCAGACUAUCUCACCAGAAUGUGGAAAUUCAAAACCAUUAACACCUGAUACAACAGUGUUCUGUGUUCCAUGCCAACUGGGAAAGUCAUUUUCCAAUGAAUUUAGCACAUCUGUCUGCAUUCCUUGUUCAUCUUGCUCCAAGGACCAGGUGGUGAUGAAAAACUGCUCACGUCAAGCAGACAUUGAAUGUGGAAAGAGAUGUUACAGCAAAGACAGGUACAUCAUGUAACAGCUGUACUUGAAGUGGCCAUGGAGUGAAAGGGGGGGGAGGGUGCCAAAGGGUGCUUGGAAUUACUAAAAUUCCAACUUAAAAUCUGAUUAACUGCAGAAUUUUCUUAGUUUGGCUUUGAUUUACAUUUAAAUACCUGGCAUUUGCCUAUUGGUUUAGGAAAUUUUAGUGAAACUAGCCUGAUAGAAAUUAAUUGUCAUUGUUCAGGCCUUUAAUGUUUCCUUGCAGGAAUGGCACAGGGGUGGUGCAGUGGAGUUUUCUCCAAUCAUCAGGUUUUUCUCUGGGUCCUUAAGUUUUCCUCCAUCUGCAAAAACCAACAUUUCAAAUUCCAAUUGACCUGUAAAUGGUGGGCAAGUGGAGCCACUUAGUUGGUUGUCCAUUAUUAGAUUGCCAUUUAUUUAAAAUGUUGGGCAAAAAUUUUAGACAAAUCAAUGCUUCUAGUUUUUUUUAAUUCUGUCAUUGACAUGAUAACAAGAAUGAUGAUGCAGUUGUUCAAUUUUCAGGCAAAAGGCUGGCUUAUAUGUUUUAAACAAUGGAUAUCAUAAUCCUUGAAAAAAUGAGGGAGUUGACAUUUAAUGUUUUACUCUAUAUGUCAGCCAAAAAAGAUAAUUUUUUAUUCCUUACUCUUCCCUUUGAACAGGUAUUAUGAUGAAUCCAAAGGAGAUUGUCUUAAAUGUUCCAAGUGCUGCAAUGAUGAUCGAGAUGUGGUGGAGAGUGAAUGUAUAGAAAAGUUGGGAUUUCAAUCAAGCAUGACCUGCUCUUUCCACAGCAGUGUCAAUAGAUGCAAUAUUAAAUCAACCCCAAAAUUUGUACCUCAGUCUACCUCUGAAUCAAGUCAGAGUUCAGCUGCCACUACAUCAAGUCACAUAGUCACUGUAGCCUUAACCAAUACCAGUGCCGAUGUGGGUUACAGAUUAGAAAAUAUAACCCAUUCUGGGGUUGGUAGUUGGUUUGCUUCUAAAAACAAGGAUUGCAAUGACCCUUGUAUAUCAACUAUAGCCACUGUGGUACUACUGUUUCUGGUAAUUGUGAGUGGAAUUUACCUAACAUGGUUUUGCAAGUCACGGUCACCAACGCAUAGUUGUGUUGAUCCAGGUAAAUCUCAGUCAAGAAUCUUACAUGUGGUGUACUAGUUGUCAGAGACAAAAUAAAUAUAUAAGGGAAGAUUUAAGGUAUGAUUCUUAUGUGGCAAAAUCUGAUCCACUAAAAUUGUCACAAUUAACUGUUGUUAUGUAGUAUCUCCAGUAUCUCCUUUACAUGUUCAUUAUGACUUUGUGAGAAAAGAAAUUUCGCCCUCUGUAAUAAAAGUUAGGUGCUGUCUAAUUACAAUUAUACUCGGGGGAUUUUUGGAUGUCCUUAAUGCAUUACAAAUUACUUUCAAUGUAUAGUCAACAAUUUUUACCAUACUACCAACAGAUGGGGGAACACAUAAGAAGAAAAGUACCAAAGUUCAUUAUAAUUCUGGAUUAGCAGCAGUUGAAUUAUGUGAACCACUGUUAGAGGUAAUGAAUGUAUGAAUUAGUGUCCAGGCAGUCCACUUGUAGAUGAACAUGAAGUUCUUUAAUUUUUCACUUUCUACUCCAGUUGGACAGAGAAAAUAUGUGGUAAUCUCUCCCAUUUGAAACAGAAAUGUUCUGAAGUUACAGUAAAAGACAUGUGGCUCUGUAAGUCCUUUAUUAUCCAGAAUGGUUGCAUAAGUCAGGGGUGCAGUAAGGAAUUAUAAGUAUCAUAGAAACACAAGUGAAAUAAUGCUCUUGUUGUUCAAGCCUUAUGGUGCAAUAGGAGUAAAAUGAAAAAUGGUAUAAAGUUAAAGAUCUAGAGGAGCCAAGCAAAUUGUAAAAUGGGCCAGUCUGACCCAUUCAUUAAUUUUGUUUCUGAAUUCCACUUUAUUUUAUCAUGAUGUCUGGAUGCCUGUAAUUAGUGUCUACUAGUGAGGGUGCAUGGCAAUAUUUUUGCUUCAAAACUUUCCUUUUUUUAGGUGUCACCUUUCAUGGGUAUAGUUGUACUCACUUUGAUAGCUUAUACAUUAUAUAAUUAUCUAUGCAUGAGCCAUUUAGGAUGUAUAUCAAUUGUGGUUUACAUUGUAGGGUGAUGGAAAGUUGUGUGUACAAGCACUUGCCACAAUGCAGAACAGUUGGUGAAGUCAGGUAAUUAUUAUUAAUACUUGUCAUGCCUACAGUGAACCUGAACUCUUCUCACAAGUUUGAAAAAUGCUAAAUAAAUGGACUAAAUAGGUAAAAAUUUGAGGAUUAUUUUUACAGUUCAUUUGUAAUUUGAAGGCCUUAGUUGUCCCAAACAUGAAUUGAAAUUAAUUCAUUUGGGGAAAAAGUUUUUUUUAAAUUUUUGGUGUGUCUAGUAGAAAACAAUAUAUCAUGUAAAUAGUAUAUUGAGUGUUAUAGUCUAAUUACAGUACCUUUACACAGGCUGUUACAUAUGGAUUAUCUGAUAUAUUUUGUCAUGUUAAAUCUGUAUUUCAGAUUCUAAGCCAAUAGGAAGCUUAUUGGACUCAAGUGAACUGGAAACAAUUUGCGAACUUUUAGACACACCCAUUGGUGGAAAACUGGCCUAUGAGAUAAUUGCUCGUUUUUAUGGAGCUAAUUACUUCAAAAUAAAAGCAAGGUUUCAGGAUCAAAAAUCAAAAGCAGUGAUUGAAUGGUUGGCAACUGAAAGGCCAGAACUGACAGUUUGGGAGUUUGCUAAUGUGGUGAGGACAAAAGCUAGGAGAACUGAUGUUGCUAAUCGGUUGAAAGCAUUUGAUGCAAAGGCCACCAAAGAAUUAACUGAUGUGUGAAAUAUGUAUAUAGUGUUUAUUUGACAUCACUCAACUCAAUAGUUGACCACAAACUUUAUUUGAUUUUUGUAGAGAUUAAGUUGAAAACGUGCAUGUGAUUGUUUAGUGACUGUAAAAACAUAUACUACAGAGAUGUAUGUUUGCUAAGAAUGUGAGAGUGCUCAGAGGACCCCUUAACACGAGCCCCCGCUUACCAAAGUGGCCUGUUAGGCAGAACAAAAUUUGCCUCCAUUUUGAAGGAAAAAUCUCAGCCUGGUUUCAAACUCAGCUGAGAUACAAGCACUGUUACAUAACGUUGUUCAUUUGAGAAAUUUAAUUGUUGUUAUUGUGUUAUUGUGACGUGAUUGUUUGAAGUUUCAUCCCAUUAACUUAGGUGUAAUUGUUGAUAUGAGUUAAUUGGUGCUGCAACAAUUAUCGUUCAUAGUUAUGAAAUGAAUUAACGUGUCCAUCUGGUGACGGAGAUGAAACUAUUCUGUACACUGCUAAAACAGCUCUAUUUGUAUAACGAACUCAGUAAUUUUUGGAACUAUUUUUUAAAUUUUAAUUUCCCAUCAUAUCAAGGAAAUACUUUUUGGUCUAUUUUUAUACUAAAAGAUUUAUUUUUUAAGGGUUAUUUUUUUUUAUUUCUUAAUUUAGUUCUAUUUUUUAAAUUAUAAAUUUAUGGUCUGACUGAUAAUUUUCUGUUUAUGUUAUGUAUCUUGGAGGUCAAGCACCAUUUACAGUCACUGCGGUAUUGAAGAGUGUAUCUUUUAUGCAGGCUUGAAUAGAUUUGUACAUGUUUAAAGUGUCCAUGUUGUCAAGUGUAUUAAACGUGCCCUAUCUUAUGGAUAUUGUCUAUGGAAAAAACCUUAGCCUAAUUAUUACUUUAGUCUUUCAUGUCCAAUCUUUAAACAAACGCUGUGAAGGUUUUGAAGUUCGAAUCUCCCAUCAGAAUGAAGAAACCUCAUUUUAGAUCUUUUUUUUAAGGUGAAGAACACCAAAAAAAUUUUUGUAUUGUUUUAGAAUGUGUAAAUAUAUAGGUUACCAUAUUCAAAUUUUUGUCGUUUUUACUAAUUGAAGAUAAUUUUUAAAGUAGCAGGUUUUCAAUUGAACUUUACAUUUUGAUUAUCAGAUGUUAAAUGAAUACAAUCUUUUGUAUUCAUUCCUCCAUAAAUUGUAUGUAUUUAUGCGUUCAUUAUAUCUUUAAUAGCCAGCCAUUUUCAUGCACCGAAUGUACCUGUAGAAAUAAGUAGAUGAAGACUUGUAGCGGUUUAAUUCUUUUUAACUAGAUGAUCACCUGGUGUCAGUUCACUUGGCACAUCUGUGUAAAUCAACGAUGGUGUAUAUAUCAUUUACUUUUAAUAAAAUAUUCUUAUUUUAUGAAUUAUUCUUUGCCUACAUUUUCA